AUGGGAUCUCCUACCCGCCUCAUAGUCCUCAUCUCAGGGAGCGGCACAAACCUCCAAGCCGUCAUCGACAGCAUUGAUGCAAAGAUACUCCCCGCUACAAUCGUGCGAGUGUUAUCCAACCGGAAGGAUGCAUAUGGCCUCGAGCGGGCAAAGAAAGCCGGCAUACCCACCACCUACCACAACCUGCUAACAUAUAAGAAGAAACACCCAAACACCGAGGAAGGAGUGAAGAAGGCGCGGGAGGAAUAUGACACCGAAUUGGCACGGCUAGUGCUCGAUGAUAAGCCCGACUUGGUCGUGUGCUUGGGGUUCAUGUACGUGCUGUCAAAGAACUUCCUGGACCCGGUUGGGAACGAUGGUGUGGAAACUAUAAAUCUACAUCCUGCGCUACCAGGGGCAUUCAAUGGAACUCAUGCCAUUGAACGGGCACAUGAAGCGUGGCUAGAAGGCAAAAUUGACAAAACCGGAGUUAUGAUUCAUAAGGUUAUUGCGGAAGUCGACAUGGGCGAGCCGAUCUUGAUACGGGAGAUUCCGUUUAUAAAAGGAGUCGAUGAAGAUAUAGAGGCGCUGAAGGAGAGAAUACAUAAGAUUGAGUGGGAGGUUGUGGUUGAGGGGAUUAAUAUUAUGAUUAAGAGGCUGCGGGAGACUGGAGCCGAAAGCAAAUGA